CGGCGGCGGCGGCGGCAGCGGCAGCAGCGGCAGCAGCAGCGGAGCCAGAAGGAGGAGCCAGAGGCACGGCCGCUUGCAGCAGCGGGGACAGCAGCUGCCCAGCUCCCGGUGGCGGCUCCCCGCACACCCCGCUGCCCUACGGAGCGCGAUGGGACGGUGCAACGAGACGGCAGCUCCUGCCCGCCGAGAAAAAUGACUCUUUGCUAAACAGAAAAAAAUCAUGAACAAAUAAAACCUCUACAAGCAAGUUUUCCAUUGACGAGGAGGCCAAACCGGAGUGCUUUAUAAUGGGCACCACAAAUGAGGAGAUGGUCUCAGUGGAGCAGAACUUGAACCCUCUGUGCUUUGAAUGUGGCCAACAGCAUUGGACAAGGGAGAACCACUUGUACAAUUAUCAGAACGAUGUGGACGAUGACUUGGUCUGCCAUAUUUGCCUUCAGCCCUUGCUACAGCCAUUAGACACCCCUUGCGGCCACACAUUCUGCUAUAAGUGCCUACGGAACUUCCUGCAGGAGAAGGAUUUCUGCCCUCUGGACCGCAAACGGCUCCAUUUUAAGUUGUGCAAAAAAUCCAGUAUCCUCGUCCACAAACUGCUUGACAAACUCUUGGUGUUGUGCCCCUUUUCUUCAGCGUGCGAGGAAGUGAUGCAGCGGUGUGACCUGGAAGCACACCUCAAAAACAGGUGUCCUGGGGCUUCCCACCGAAGAGCUGCCUUGGAGAGAAGAAAAAAUAGCAAAUUGCAGGCAGACACGGAGAGCGAGAAUGAGAACAGCAUGACAGAUCACCCAGGUUCUCAGUCUCCUGAUGCAGAGCAUUCUGGGACAGGAACAGCACCAGCAGAGCAGAACAUUACAUCAGCAACUGUCCCUGUGUGGACAGAUGAGUCUGGCCUUGACAACCCUGCCUUUGAGGAGAACACAGGAGCUGACACAACCCAUCAGCCAUCAAGUUUGCCGGAAGGUGAGAUCACCACCAUAGAAAUCCAUCGGUCCAAUCCUUAUAUCGAGCUGGGAAUUAGCAUAGUGGGUGGCAAUGAAACACCUUUGAUCAACAUUGUUAUUCAAGAGGUUUAUCGAGAUGGGAUCAUAGCCAGAGAUGGAAGACUCCUUGCUGGAGAUCAAAUACUGCAAGUCAAUAACUUUGAUAUCAGCAACGUGUCCCACAACCAUGCCAGGGCCAUCCUUUCCCAGCCUUGCACGGCGCUGCACCUGACCGUGCUCCGAGAGAGACGCUUUGGGAGCCGAACUCACAACCACAGUGACAGCCCUCCGCAGCGAGAGGAUAGUUUCCAUGUGACCCUGCACAAGCGCGACUCCAACGAACAACUCGGCAUCAAGCUGGUGCGCAGAACAGACGAGCCUGGGGUUUUCAUCCUUGACCUUUUGGAAGGCGGAUUGGCUGCUCAGGACGGCCGGCUCUGUAGCAACGACAAAGUGUUGGCUAUCAAUGGGCACGACCUGAAGCAUGGCACCCCAGAACUGGCUGCUCAGAUUAUCCAGGCCAGUGGCGAGAGGGUGAGCCUAGCCAUUUCCAGGCCUGCCAAGUCACAGAUCGUGAGCAUUCUCAGAGAUGGAGGGAUUCACCCCAUCAGCCAACACCAAUCUCAUUCGCUGUAUCACAGUAACAGGCCCAGCCCACACAGGGACCUUUCCCAAUGUGUUACUUGCCAAGAGAAGCAUAUCACAGUGAAGAAAGAGCCCCACGAGUCCCUUGGCAUGACAGUAGCAGGAGGCAGAGGAAGCAAGAGUGGGGAGUUGCCAAUAUUCGUCACGAGCGUGCAACCUCAAGGCUGCUUGGCAAGAGAUGGCAGGAUCAAAAGAGGCGAUGUGCUGAUGAAUAUUAAUGGCAUUGAUCUGACCAACCUAAGCCACAGCGAGGCAGUGGCCAUGCUGAAAGCCAGUGCUGCCUCUUCUGUCGUUGCCCUCAAAGCUUUGGAGGUCCAGAUCGCUGAAGAACAGCCCCAGGCCAAUGAUGAGCAGCCCAGCACCAUCAGUGAGAACGAAUACGAUGCAAGUUGGUCCCCAUCCUGGGUUAUGUGGCUGGGGCUUCCCAGCUGCCUGCAUAGUUGCCAUGAUGUGGUGCUACGGAGGAGCAAUUUAGCAAGCUGGGGCUUUAGCAUUGUCGGCGGCUAUGAGGAAAAUCACACAAAUCAGCCUUUCUUCAUAAAAACAAUUGUCCUGGGAACACCAGCGUAUUUUGAUGGAAGACUCAAAUGCGGCGAUAUGAUUGUUGCGGUCAAUGGACUUUCAACUGUGGGCAUGAGCCACUCAGCACUGGUUCCUAUGCUGAAGGAACAGAGGAACAAAGUAACAUUGACAGUUAUCUGCUGGCCAGGAAGUCUUGUAUAGACUUGCAAAGAAAAAAGAAAAGAAAAGAAAACAAACACCACUUUGAUUCAAGCAGCUUAAUUUUUCUAGAUGGCUGGUUCAAAAUCUUCAAGCUGUGUUUUCUCCCCCCUCCCCUUUUCUACUACUGAUGCAGCUGGUAAUAAGCUGGGCCAAAAACUGCUACAUUCAUACCUUGCUGGGGAGCUAGGGAUGGGAAAGGAAGACUCUCAACCUCGCUGUGUGUCUCUUUCCAUUUCGAAACAACCAUUUCUGCCAUGUUUGUUGUGUUUUUGCUUUGCUUUGUUGUGUUUUUCCACAAGUUGUCCCAUCCAAGCAUCCACAUGCACAACACACUUUAGGGGCAUGGAGGGGUUGCUUGCAGAGGACAGCUUUCCCCAGCAACCCUAGUGUUUAUAUUCAACCAACCAGCACGAUGGCAUGCCGGCAUGUCCAAGGCCAGCUUCGCUGAUUCUGCUGCUGCUAAAUGUUGGCCCAAGUGUACAAGCAAGAUCCUGGCAGGAUCAAAUUUGCAAGCUGGAUCUGAGGGCUUGAACUAGGCAGGAUGAAAUGCGCAAGCAAACUCUUGUCACGCAGGACUCUCAACGAUAGGCCCCAACCCCUAUAAAAUAUAUCCGAUUUUGCUUCCCCAUGUUGUGGACACCAUCACUUGGGAAGAAAGCUUUUAAGAAGCACCCUUUCCUGUGGUUAAAGUGUGCUCUUGACCAUUUUACCAAAGAACAUUCGUACAAGUUGAAUCCUAUGUCUUACAAUCCCCAUGUCUCGUAUCAGAAGGGGGCAAUUCCUUGUAUUAUGGCGAGCAGCAGCUGGCACAGUGGGUAGGGGGCAUGGAGCUGCCCUGCUGGCCGUGGUGCCGCUGCUGCUUACCUAGACAAGGUGGAGGCAAGGUUGGGACUGUGCAACCACACUGGUGGAAGCACCGCAUUGGUUACAGUGGCUCAGCCCUUCCCCAUCCCAGUGGGCAUCUCAGCUGUUGGGAGGUUGGUGUCAUGCUGGCCACAGCUAAUCAUGGCUCCAGCAAACAAGCCGCAGGCAACUGUACAGGGGGAGGGGCCAUAGCUCGGUGGCAGAGCAGAUGCCUUGCAUGCAAACAAACCCAGGUUCAAAGCCUUGCAUCUCCCGAUAAGGCUGGAAAAGCCCCAUUGGGAAAUUUCGGGUGGUAUUCAAAGUAGCACAGAGCAGAUCAUUCUGUCAGUGCGAGCGUUUCUGCUUGCCAGACAGAACGAUCUCCCUUUUCCUCCCUCUGCGUGCUCUCCCGGCCAUUCUCCUGACCGUCCCAAGUAGAUUCUGGGAGGAGGGAAAUCCUGUUGCGCUAGCGGGACUCAUUGCACUGCCUUCCGCUAGCACAGCACCAUGUCACCUGCCUCCACCAUGAGAUGCAGCGCUGGCAUGGAAAUCCAAGAUGGGGGGCAGGAGCAGGCCAUGAGGCGAGUGUUGUCCCACAAAAGCAUUUGCACCAGGAAACUCCACAUUGCCGUUGUAGUGUAUGAACCUGUCCCUAGUUCCAUGCGAUCAGCAGGCCCAUGUUCCACUGUCAAGCAUGACAGCCGGAGUUUGUCACCCUGUUAGUACUGGCCCCAAGGCUGCGGCUGCUAUUUGAUUUAAGUCAUGAACACAUCAGUGCGCCACCAGUCAGUGAGAUCUGCACCGUGUCCCGAGUUGUUUCUGCAUCAAAUGCGUAACUGUGCACACAUUCUACAUGCACCGUCUGCGCUGUGCUACGGACAAGGUUGUGAACCCGCUAUGAUAAACCUAAAUCCUGUAAUCUGAAUAAAUUAUGAAAACUUGCAAGUAUA